UUAAUUAGCCACAAACAGAAACAUUAAGAAUUAUUUGCUAGCCUAAGUGUUUAAUAUGGCAGUGGCAAAAUACUCGGCUCUUGCUCUGAUUGCGUUUCUGGUGAUCAAGGUGAUGGUGAUGGCAAAUCAGUCAUACGAAGUUGACUGGUCAAUUGGAGUUGAUUUCACUUAUUUUGCUACUCAAAAUACUUUCUUUGCUGGAGAUGUAUUAAAUUUUCAUUACGAUAGCGCUAAUCACAAUUUGCUUAUAGCAACAGAUGGUGAUGCAUUUGAUCAAUGCCAGAUGACACCGAACUUGGGUUUUUAUAACAGUGGCAAUGAAGCAUUAACCUUGGUUGAACCUGGAAACUAUUAUUUCAUGUGUGAGUAUAAUUGCAAAUCUGAUGGCAUGAAGAUGUCAGUGUAUGUGAACAAUAUGUAACAAAUGCAUGCCUCUCUGGAGAGGAAUUUGUGACAAGUUGUGUCACUCUCCGAUUUUCAAACAGAGUUAAUAAAUAAAUAAACAAACAUAAAUAUUCUGGGCAUGA